AUGUCUUCAACUACGCAGAUUCGAAAGUCGCGGCGAUCGUCUGUUGACAGCAAGGACCGCGGGCCCGAUGUCGUUGCCGCUGGUGCUGGCACUAAGCGCUCUAAAGGGGAGGGACGGAGGUCUUCCCUUGGCGGGGCUUCUAACGGUGUGCGCAGUCCCAGGACCCUCGCAGCUGUGGCGGACUCUGUGGCCAUGGCACUGGCUGGCAACGUGCCGCCCCCAGCAGAACUGUUCAAGUUAUCAGGGAAGCAGGAGGCCAUGGCUAGACAGGCUGCGGCCCAGGCCCAGCUCAGGAGUGGGCAUAGCAGAGCCUCCCGUAGAAGGUCUUCGGCGGCGGGGGGCACGGGGGACAGGGCCUCCACAGUGGUCGUACCGCAUGUCCCGCGGCAUGCAGCCAAUGCUGCUAUACAGAGACAACGAAGAGAGAGGGAGCUGGAAGAAGCGGCCCAGGCCAGGCAACUCAGACAGGCACUCUUGGUCGAGGGGCCACCCCGCACGGGCGCGGCGCGGACCCUUCCAGCAUCCAAGUCGUUGGUAGAUGGUCCCAAGCCGCCAGCUGAGGGCAAAGAGCCCGGUCGCCACAGACCGUCCCUUGCCGCUACCUCUAGGGAUACCCUUACCCAGGUUUACGGUGGGAGGGUUACUGGUCCACGUACGAGGCCGCCUAGCAGGGGGUGUAGUCGUAGCCUGCCACCUCCUAAGGGGAGGACCACGAGCUGGGCGAACAAGAGGCCUGAUGGUCGGUGCACUCCCUUCAGCGAGGGCUGCGUGUCACCACGGGACGAUCUGGAAAUACCUCCUCUCCCGCCUCGGAAACGAAAGGAGUCUGUGGCCCCGACGACAGACCAGCAGAGAAGGACGGGUCCGGACAAGGGCCGACCUCCUCUGCGGAAGAGGCUGCGACAGAAAGCACUGGAUAAGGCCACUAAGCUGGCCAGGGCGCUGGCUUCUAGUCGCAGUCGGACGGUACUGCAAGAAGAGGAGGAGGGGACACCGAACGCUUCUCCAGCUAUGAAGGAAGAGUCUAUUGGCCUGUCUAAGCGGACGGUGGGGACUAACACUUCCCCUCCUAGGAGAAAGAGGGCACGACGGCCCAGUCCACCAGCAGCAGCAAGAGCUGGCUUCCAGCAGCAGCAGGAGGAGGAGGCUCCUCUACUGUCAACAGCCCAGAGUGAGGUUAGUAACAGUUUGCGGGAUGCCGCUAGGGCCCAUGGUCUGACCAUCACCAACUUGGGUGGACUGCGGGACAAUUCCCUCCAGCAUAAUUCCUCGACCUCCCCUCUACAUUGGAGCCAGGCCUCGGAGGAAUUCCUGGGCACCUUCUGCAGCGCUCAUGGCCUCACUCUGGUCAACAUUGCUCACAGUUUCCCUUCACCAAGCUCCCCUGAGGUCCUCUCCUCCUCCCUGCCGGCCACCACUAUGCCGACUGUCUCUCCAGCAGCUGGUCUAUGGCAGCCUCAAGAGAGGCCCUUGCGGUACCCCAGACCUGAGCCCGAUACUAGCCCUCAGGAUAUGGUCAUAGUUGAUCGGACCGCUGCCUCGGUUACUCCUGGGCCGCCAGAGGAGGUCUCGGACUAUCUCGAGGGAUACCUAAAAGGAGGGGCCUCUUUAGCACAGCGGUUGCCGGUGCCUCCAGUUGGGAGGCCGUUGAAUAGAUCCCGGGUUCUACCCCAGCGGUAUGCAUUUGACGGCCCUGGUUAUUCAAGGCCCGACUCUAUCGGUCGCUCCCAUACCCCCAUCAGAGUGGAUUCUAGCGGCUCUUCUGAUGGUAGAGGUGGUCUCGACGAGGGCGACAUCGAUGCGGACGAUGGUAUGAGGGUCGUUGACAUAGUCACCAGUAUGCGUAGCGCCAUAGGUACUCCUGGGGACCAGGCAGGAGUCCAUGCAUUGGGUCUGGCGGUGGGAGCUGCGGUACAAGCUAACCUUGACAUACCAUCUCUGCCUGAACCUACCAUAAUGUCUACGGGGGGGCCUAGUACAGCUGAUAGCGGCGGCCUUAUGCUGGUCGACUUCAACACUCAGAGGCGGCCUCCGAUUCGAAUCUCCAGCCCCUCGAACAGUCGUAGUGUUGGGCCGCGGCAGGGCAUAGCAGCAUCUACCAUGGGGGAUACCUCUGACAUCCUUCCCGAGUCGCUAUACGACAGUAUUGGGAUCAGCCGUAUCGACGAAGACCCCACUGAGGAGCAGCGGCAGUCCCCCAGUGGUACUACCGCCUCCCACUGUGAUGAGGAGCUCGAGGAUAUCUGUACCAAGGCAGAGCCAGUGUAUAGCACCAGUGGUAGCGGCAGUGGUUUAGCGGGUACCGUAACACCGUCAUCAAUACCUAGUGGGACGGCACAUCCCUCCGCUGGCGAGGGAACAUCGAAAGAGAGCAUCCCUCUGCGGGGUGCUUGUACAGGAAUCCAGGGAUCUCACGUGGAGGAGCUGAGUCAUAAGGCACGAUUGGCGCUGGACCACAUGGACCGAACGGACGAACUGAUUCGAUUGGCCGACUCUGCCGAGCUCCAUAGGCGCCAUCACAAAAUGAUCAACCAACAAGUCAGUGAUGCUUUGGCGGCAGGGGAGCGUCACAGUGAGCGUCUGGCCCGGGCCCAGAAGCACUUGACAGGGGGAGUGGCCCAGCCUGCCACUGGUAUUAACCGUGAUGGUACUGUGCAGACGGAGAGGGAGGACAGCAUGAGGGAGGGCUUGGGUCAUGGGACAGUCCAUGUCCCGAUGGGAGUCCAAACGCUGACCACCACGACGGAGCCUCCCACGGUACCUUCGGUGGAGGCUAUUGGCCUCCAGACGGAGAUAGGGAGGAUGGAGAUGGACAUUGACUGUCUGGACCACACACUGGAGGCUAGUACUGAUAUCGACCAGGCCUUGCGUGGAGCCUUCGUCCAGGACUCUGUCCAUGGUUUCUCUUACCCCAUGUGGACCCAGACGGAGGGGCCAAGUCGAGGCGUGGACCAAGGUGUACAGCCGAGUUUGUCCUCGAAUGGAGGCCAGUCUAAUGCAGGUCGGUACAGCAGAGGUGCGUCGGGUGUGGAGGUGGAGCUCUCUCACUCCUGUGCUGCUAUAGGCUCCUCUAGGGCUCGGUCUGGUAGUAACCGCUCUAGCCCUACCUACUCCAUGGUGGGCUUCGAGGAUGAGGAGGCCACCACUUCCGAGGUCUCUGUGGUCCAGCCCGGCUCCAUUGUGGCCUCGUCGAUCCAGUCGGACAUAUCCCUCCCUUUCACUUCACCGUUCAGUGACUGGCGGUCAGCGUCAUCGACUGGCAGAGGUCCGGGGUCGGCAGAUCCAGAGGAGGCCAGCAUUCUUACGGCGAGCGCUGCUUUGGAGGGCCAUCUGAAUCUCACCUACAGGAACCUCAGAAAUGAACGAUCGACUCACGGAGGGGAGGCCAACGAUGCUGGCCUCCGGUCUAGCCAUACCUCGUUAUAUGAAUCGAGGUUGAGCAACAGCCCGUCCUCUAGCAUGUCGAUCCUUACUGAGUUCACUGUUGAUGGUGGUAACAACGUGAGUGUAGAGGAGGUCAGUGGGGCCUUGGCCCGGAGGAGGAGGAAGGCCGAGGCGGACGUCGAGGAGCGCAUCCGGAGCAGUAGGGAGAAGAUGGCUGCUGGCAAGGAAAGGGACAUCGCCUCUCCGCAGAAGAGGCGGCGGGAGCAUCGCAGGGCUGUGGAGGAGAGGAAGAGGAGACGUCGGGAGGCUAAGGACUCCUUCAAGACCUCCUUGGAGAGAUUCAGUGAAGGGCUGAUGGACUCUCGAGGGUCCAAUGCGGAACGCCGGCUUCUAGCGCAGCAGCAACGGUUGAAGUCGAGAAGUGAGGCUGUUGCUAAGGACACGAGGGUGACUGAGGAUGCCCUACGGGAUAAUGCAGCGAAGCUGAGGAAGGUAGAGUACCUGAAGGAGUUGAAGAAGGAGAUCUCUGAGGCCAAGAGGGAGGGGCCGCCGUUCGAGAUCACUCAAGCUGUUGAGGAUGCUGAAUUGAGUCCCACUGGUCCCACGACACCAGCGGUAUCUGAAGGGCCGUCGAGGGAGGACGCUGAAGUGGUGGCGGAAAGUGUCGUAGAAGAUCGUAAGGAGGUGGUUGAGGGAGAGGCGGCCUUGGUAGGAAGCGACGAGGAGCGGAAGUCGACGGCUUCGAUCACCCUACAGCGGAUCCAUGCGGUAGAGGCUCAGAACGAGGAGGACAGCCAGAGCAAGCUCGAGCUGGAGACCCUGGCCCGUCUCGAGCCGUCCUCCCCUGCUGUGACCCCCGGUAGCAUCGUAGUUGUCGCUCCCGAGGGAGAUAAGGAUUUCGGCAGCAGCCGUGAAGAGCUCUCCCGUGACACUUCGGACUCGGCAGUGCUAAUCGCGGACCCAGUGGAGGCGGCCAGAGCGGUCGCAGAGGCCAAGGUCCCGUCUGUCUGGAAGGAAGUCAGCAGUGGUGCUAGUGGGAGCAGCCAACGCCGAUAUGAGUCGUCUUCGGAGCAAAUCCUCGAGGUCGCCCGCUUUGAUGCCAAGUCCCCAGUGGUGUCCAAGAAGAGUGCCGAGGACCUCGAGAUCGACAAGAUGGAGGUGGUUGAGGAGGCCCCUGUCCAGAGCCCAGAGUUAGUCCCUCUAUUGCCGAGACCAUCGACUAGCAGCAGCAGUAGGGGUUCACCUGUCCUUCGGGUUGAGGGGGAACCAAGAGCGGAAUCCGUCACCCCUAUUCCCAGCAGUGACGCUCUACUAGGUUGGGCUAGGACCUUGCCCAAGACUGAGCUGGACCAGUGUAUUGACGACAUUGCUGAACAUGUGCUGGAGUCUCUCCUGGACGACAGAGCCCUUGAGAGGAGGGUCCUCAGUGUAUUGGGACGCGAUGGUCCCUCAUUGGAGGACGGCUAUCCUCAUGAUGCGGAUAGCAGGAAGCUGCAUCGACACCGCCUAGCUACGUCCAAGGCCGCCGUUGAUACUGUAGUCAAGGAGGCACAGGCUAGGUUCACCGAUAGGGGAGUAUUGGACUCAACAGCUCUUAAAGGAGGGAAUGCUGAUGCUUCGGCGCUAGCUGAGAUGCAAUACAAGGUGCCGGCCGAUUCCGGAUACACCCACAGGCUUCUAUGGGAGUCUUGCCUCGAGCUAGCUCGGCAGCCCUCGGAUGCCCAACGGACGUGCGCUCUCUGGAGCAAACGCUUCCCCGGCACGAAGUCUCCGUUGACGCACUUCGUGGCUGUUGUGAACUCGUGGUCUUCAAUUCAGCAACAAUUAAACCAGAUACUGGAGAUAAACUCCGACUUGCGCAUGCGUGCAGAUGCUGGUUUGCAUCACUCCGAGGUGCAACAAGCAGAGGAGCGGCGAGUUGACGGCCUUGCAAUGGGCGCUGUCUCCUGUCUUGCCGUUACCGGUGUUACCGCUCUCUACGACUGGAGUCAGCGGGAAAGGAUACGGUCUAGGAUAUUGGUGGACGUGGAUGAGGAAGUGUUUGCUGCGCUGGUCGAAGACUUCGCUCUAGAGCUUAGAGAUGAGUAUGAGGAGGGCGGGGGAUGA